GAGCACCUUGUUGUCCCUCCCAGGCUGCCCAAGCCCCACUGAGAAUGGGUGAGAAAGAAGAGGACACUGAGGAAGCCUGGCUACAGCUGCGGCCUGUGGAGCCCUUGCCUUCCCAGUGCUGUGGCAGUGGCUGCUCACCCUGUGUGUUUGACCUCUACCACCGAGAUCUGGCAAGGUGGGAGGCAGCCCGAGCCAGCAACGACAGGAGCCUUUUGAGUGGGAAGCAGUCACAGAGCUGCCCCUCCAAGCUGAGCCCAGAGACUUUCCUGGCCUUCCGCAUCUGUGCCCUGGACAAACUCACUAAGGACACCUACCAUGUUCGAUUUGCUCUACCUGGGAACAGCCAACUCAGCCUGCACCCUGGGCAGCACCUCGUCCUACGAGGGAUAGUAGAUGACUUGGAAAUUCAGAGAGCCUACACGCCCAUCAGCCCUGCCAAUGCAAAAGGAUACUUUGAAGUUUUAAUCAAGUGCUAUCAGACAGGGCUGAUGUCCCGGUGUGUCAAGUCCUGGAGAGUGGGAGACACAGCUUUUUGGCGAGGACCUUUUGGAAACUUCUUCUAUAAACCAAAUCAGUAUGGUGAGCUCCUCAUGCUGGCUGCAGGCACAGGUCUGGCUCCCAUGGUGCCCAUCCUGCAGAGCAUCACAGACAAUGAAGAUGAUGAGACCUUCGUCACCCUGGUCUGCUGCUUCAAGACCUUUGAGAGCAUCUAUCUGAAAACCUUCCUCCAGGAGCAGGCCUGUUUCUGGAAUGUCCGCACCUUCUUCAUACUCAGCCAGGAGAACUCUCCAGAGCAGCUUCCCUGGAGUUACCGAGAGAAGACCCACUUUGGUCACCUGGACCAGGACCUGAUUGAAGAGCUGGCUGCUGGCCCAUACUUGCUCCUGGAUGGUGCAGAUUGGUGGACGGUGAUGCAGUUCCAGUUGUGUCCUCGUAGAUGUCUGGUUCUGUAAAAAUAUGGACAAGCAUUGAGGUGAACAUUUGCUGAAUGUCGACUGCUGGGUUUGUCCUAAAGGUGACUCUGAGCAAGGAUUUGGGUACAAGAAGUUUAUAUGGGAGGUGACUCAGGGAAACAUGGUGAGACAGUU